AGUAACAUCUCACACCUCACUCACACAUCUCGCCAAUCUUCGAGAACGGUACAAUAUAUACAAUCUUAUCGAGCUUUUAGCUACGGUCGUCAUGGCUUUCGCUAAUGGUCUCAAGUUAGCUGCCCUCUGUGUGCUGGUCCUGACCAUGGGCCAGAUGAUGGCAGUUUUGGCCGGCACCGAGUACUUUCCGGCAGCGACGGUGACGAUCGACGACAAACGACGACGAAGCGAAGCAACGCUGAUUAACUUGGAUCCUGCCCCAAGUUGGCUAGAGACUCACGUACCAAACUAUCACAAAACCCUCCAAGGAUUGCCUCUGCAGCCCGGCUACAUGGUGGUGUUGCCCUCCAGCAAGCGGAGUCGCAAAACCCUCCAAGGAUUGCCUCUGCAGCCCUGCUACAUGGUGGUGUUGCCCUCCAGCAAGCGGAGUCGCAAAACCCUCCGAAGAUUGCCUCUGCAGCCCCGCGACAUGGGGUGGUGUUGCCCUCCAGCAAGCGGAGUCGCAAAACCCUCCGAGUUUUGCAUCUGCACCCCUGAAAAAUGGUGGUGUUGCCCUCCAAUAAGCGGAGUCGCAAAACCCUCUGAGGAUUGCCUCUGCAGCCCUGCUACAUGGUUUUGUUGCCCUGAAGCAAGCGGAGUCGCAAAACCCUCCGAGGAUUGAACUAAAAUCUUCAUGUGGGGGGCAGAUGGUAAGAGAUGAAUCAUUAAGACGUACGUACGGCCUGAACUUGAAGCGUCAUUUUCUUUUAGUUCCAUCCUUGCCUACGUCUUUUGUGUGUAUUGUAUGUGGUCGUAUGUCCUGUGGUGUGUCUCGAUAAAGAACAAAUAUGUGAGCUUCAAGACAUAUAAUUGUCUUGGAGUACUAUGUAGGUCCGUGUGGGGAUGAUAUGCCAGUUUAUUGUUGGGUUGAUGUUGUAGCCAUUGUAUGUUGUUUUCAAGUGUAUGUCUAUCUUGCUCUCAAUAAAUAAAGAAGUUGAAUC